AUGUCUAUACCUAAUCCCAAAAAGGCGUCCAUAACUACGAUAACUGCCUACCAACAGGAAGACGUUACGCUAACUCUACGGUUUCUUUGGUUACAAGAUACUAAUUUAAAACUAACAUCAACAACGCUCAGCCAAAAAGAAAGAAUACAAAUAUUAAGGCAAAAACUCGACGAAGAAAUCAUUAAAAAUCGAAAAACAAAGGACUUGUAUCCUAUAGAUAUACAAGACCCCAUAAUAGAAGAUUACGAAUAUGUAGAAAAUGAAAAAUUACCCAUUACCCCCAUUAUGGAACUAGAUACAAAGAAAAAACGUCUUCGUAAAGAAAAAAGGGUCAGCGUUAAAAAACCCAUAGAGAUCUUCUACAGACGAUUGUACAAUACAGAAAUGUUGCAACAAAAGUUGGAAUGGUUGCACUGUCAAGACACAAUCACACCAGUCUUAAGUGGUGUUAAAGUUGAUAUAACACAUCCAAAGAGGUUGUCUCAAAAAGAUCAAACUGUUUUAAGAUUUAUUCAGCUGCUAAGUGUAAAUACAUCGGCAUACAGUCGCGACGACGUCUACUCGAUAUUGUACCAAAUCAGUAAUUUGCAACUGAGACUGUUCCAAUGGGACGUUGUGUCUAUAAACAUGUUGUUAAACGUUGUUAUAAAAGAAAGAAAACACACAUUCGGCAAUUUGAAACGCGGUAUUCGAGAUCUUUUCCACAAUUGGCGUUUGGACAUUAGUAACACAAGUACUUUACUACGACAAGCACGUAUAUUCCGACCGCCUUGCGUCCAAGUGUCUACAUUUGACGGGUCAACAAAAUCACCGAAAGGCACGAAGUAUUCUAAGAGAGGUCGGACACAGACUACACCUUGCGAUGACGACGAAGAAUGCUAAGAUUAAUUAUAACUAUUAUAGAUUAAUUAUAGACUAUUUUGGUAUUGAAAUUAAUAUGUCUUUAUUAAAUAUUCUGUGAAAUUAAAUCGAAGGCGAAUAUAUUUGUAACACUGUAAA